AUGGAGUGGGGUAGACGUUGGAAUAUUGGAACUGAAUCAGAACUGAAAAGAUUAAUGCAUUUUAAAACUCAUUGCUACUAUCAAGGAUAUAUUGAAGGACAUCUGAAUUCCCUGGUCACACUCAGCACAUGUUCUGGACUGAGAGGAAUAUUACAAUUUGAGAAUGCUUCUUACGGAAUUGAGCCUCUGGAACUGGAAGUUGAAUUUCAGCAUCUUCUUUAUAAAUUUAAGAAUGAGAAUAAUGAAUUUCCAAUUUUUACUGAAAAUAGCAGAAGUAUGGAAACAAAACCAAUGGGCAUUUUUGUAAGGGAAAAAUUCUAUUCCAUAGCAGCUUCAAAUCUUCUGGGUGUAUAUAAAGAGUAAAUGUCAAAAAUAUUACCUAACAAAUUUCAUUUUAAACUUAAUUAUGUUUUUCAGUAUGAUUACUUGGGCUCUGAUAAUACAAUUGUAGCAAAUAAAGUCAUCGAAAUUAUUGGCCUUGUAAAUUCAAUUUUUACCCAAUUUAAAGUUACUAUUGUGCUGUCAUCAUUGGAAUUGUGGUCAGAUAGAAGUAAGAUUUCUACAGUUGGUGAGGCAGAUCAAUUAUUGCAAAGAUUUUUAGCAUGGAAACAAUCCUAUCUUACCUUAAGGCCCCAUGAUAUUGCAUACCUAUUCAUUUAUGAUGAUUCUCCAAGCUAUGCUGGAGCAGUAUUCCCUGGAAAGAUGUGUGAUAGUCAUUAUUCUACAGGAGUUGCUUUGUAUCCCAAGGAAAUGACUUUGGAGGCAUUUUCAGUUAUUGUGACCCAGUUGCUGGGACUCAGCAUGGGGAUAUCAUAUGAUAACCCAAAGGAAUGUCACUGUUCAGGAGGCAUCUGUAUAAUGAAUCCAGAAGCUAUGCAAUCCAGUGGUGUGAAGACUUUCAGCAAUUGCAGCUUGAAUGACUUUGGAAAUUUUAUUUCUAAUAUGGGUGCCAGAUGUCUUCAGAAUAAGCCACAAAUGCAAGUAAAGCCUGCAGCCUGUGGCAACGGCAUUGAGGAUCAAAAUGAAAUCUGUGACUGUGGUUCUAAGGAAAUUGCUCAAUCAGGUUUUGAGUGUAGGCCCAGAGUGCACCCUGAAUGUGACAUUCCUGAGUUUUGUAAUGGAAGCUCAGCAUUCUGUGACCCUGAUGUGACUAUCCACAAUGGACAUUUAUGCAAGAACAAUAAAUUGAUGUGUUAUGAUGGAGACUGCCAUGAUCUUGACGUACGAUGUGAGAAAUUGUUUGGGAAAGGGUCAAAAAAUGCACCAUUUGUUUGCUAUGAAGAAAUCCAACCUCAAGGUGACAGAUUUGGGAACUGUGGUUGGCUGAACAACUAUGGAUAUGCAUUUUGCCCAUGGAGGGACCUUAUAUGUGGAAGAUUAAUUUGUUCCUACCCUAAUCGAAUUCCUAUCCAUAAAGAAGAUUGUGCUGUGAUUUAUGCUUUUGUGCGAAAUUAUUUAUGUGUAACUAUGGACUACGGAUUUCCUAUAUCAGUUCCAGAUCCAAUGGUGAUCCGAAAUGGCUCUCAGUGUGAUACAGGGAGGGUUUGUGUCAAUGGUCACUGUGUAGAGUCGAGAAUACUUGAGAAUGAAUCAAAAACUUGUUCACAAAAAUGCAAUGGAAAUGGAGUGUGCAAUUCCCAACAGAAGUGCCAUUGUUUUGAGGGCUUCAAUCCUCCAGAUUGCCUAACACGUUCCAGAGGAUCUGCUUGGUUGCCUGGGAAACAGGGUGCAAUAAUGGAAAGAGCUUUUGGGAGAACUGAAAAGAACUGGUGGCUUCUAGGUGCCUACAUUUCUUUACCCAUUCUUGUCAUAGCAACCAUAUUAGCUAUGAAAUGGAAAAGUUUGAAAAAUCGGUUCACCAAGGAAGAGGAAUCACUAAUAUUAACUUACUUGCCUUAUUUUCACUUUCAUUUAGAUCUAGAUCAGAAAGCAGCAACCAAGCCUAUACUAGCAGAUCCAAGUCAGAAGGCAGUACCCAAGCAUCUACCAGCAGGCUUAAUGCAAACAAAUCCCUCCAUGUUUAAUUGGGCUGACACCUUUGGUACUCACCUCAGUGUGACUCUGACCCACUGGAAGAGUGGGAGAUCCCUGGGGGUGUACAUGGGUGUCACCUGGUCUGGCCUCUGA